UAACAAAUUUAUAAAAUGUUGCUUGCAAAUAAGCCCAAGGCGUUCAGUUAUUAAGCUUUGAAUUACUUGGAUACAUAGUUGCUGGGCCAAAAUGUUAUUCUUUUUCUCCCUCCUGCCACGUUUAUGCUGAGCUACAGUAUUUGUAUUUGAUCUUCAAUAAACAGUUCAAAUGCAUAUCGUUCCCGGAUGGAUGCUACUUAGGGUCUCAGUGCAUUCUUCGCACCCUGCACCAGCGCUACUUUCUCUUGAUUUGAUCGUGUAAUCAUAAUAACGAUGGGUGAUGCUAGUAGAACGUUCAAUACUUUUGCAAAUGAAAAUCGCUUAGGAAGUAAAUACUCUAAACGAAGCGAUUAAAUGCAGAGCCAGGAAAAGAGGAACGAGGAACCAUCCCUUGAUAUGUACAGGGUGAUAUAGAGAGAUACUGUAUAGGUAUUGGUUAACUGAAGGCAGAGCUUCAGCUUCGACGGGGGGGGGCAGUUUUCACAUGCGGCCAGUCCCCUCCCUUACCGUUACGCACAGUGUCUCUACUAACGAGCAAGUGAGCCACUCUGGGAGAAGAUAAGGGGGUGGGGAACGCGGUGGCUGAAGUGCCGCCCCCCGGUCCUCUCCCCUCCGCACAUUCGCUCCGACUAUUGUGACGUCACGGCGUUCUAAAACAGAACAGAGAAAACAAUCGGCAUUGAGAAAAAUAGAUACACUCCGGUCCUAUUUAAAGGGUGAGCGCGGCACACCACGGCGUCCGCUCCAGCUAUAUAAACAAAAGGCGAAAGACUGCGGGGAGAAGCCUCUUCGGCAAACAUGGUGUCGCCGGUGACAGUGGUGAAGAGCGAAGGACCUAAACUUGUGCCCUUUUUCAAAGCCACUUGUGUCUACUUUGUCCUCUGGCUGCCAACCUCCAGCCCAUGUUGGUUCAGUGCCCUCAUCAAGUGUCUGCCUAUCUUCUGUUUAUGGGUGUUCCUGUUGGCCCAUGGGAUCAAUUUCCUGAUGGCCCAUCGCAGCGCCUGCCGGAUCUUUGCUGGCUUGAUAUUCUCGUCUAUAGGAGAUGCUUUUCUCAUCUGGCAAGAACAAGGUUACUUUGUUCACGGUUUGUUGAUGUUUGCCGUCACACACAUAAUGUAUUCCUCUGCAUUUGGGAUGAAGCCUUUAGACCUGAAAGCAGGCCUGGUGAUGGCCCUGAUGUCCAGUUUCUGCUACACCUUCCUGUACUGCUACCUCUCAGGCCCAUUUACCUACUUAGUAGCUGUUUACGUAGCCUUGAUUGGCUUCAUGGGCUGGCGGGCUAUGGCUGGCAUGCAGCUGUGCAAUGACCUUUGGACUUGGACCAAGCUCUCGGCAUGCAUUGGCUCUGUGCUCUUCAUGGUGUCCGAUCUGACCAUUGCUCUCAACAAGUUCUGCUUUCCUGUGCCCUACUCGAGGGUCAUCAUCAUGGCCACGUACUAUGCCGCUCAGAUGCUCAUUGCACUUUCUGCUGUGGAGAGCAGGGAUGACGAGGUCUUCAGGAAGCAGAAAUAGACAAGAGAUUUCAACUGACUCACACAUUCUGCUGAGGAUGCUGUAGCUGCAUUCAUUCAUUCUUUCAUCCCUCGAGGACAUUUCUCACUCUUUAGGCGAAUCCGUGAUUGCAGAUCUUCGCUUCCUCAAAGCAUUUCCAUUUAGUGAUUAGCUGGUUUUCCUCCAGUCCAUCUUGCUGGAGAGAGGAACCCACACUGGAAGUUUAGAUUGGUCCUGCCGAACCUGCUGUCUGACCUUUUCUAUCUUGGAUGCUUUGGGAGGUCUCUUGACUACUUCAUGGCAUUUGAGUAACGCUGAGGUUGGUGCUGAACAUUCCAGAAUGAGAAGGCUCGUUUCAAUACAAUGUUGAAAAGGGGAGGACGGAGAGGACCUUGAGAAUUCAGAGCCUUGCCUUCAACACUGAAUGUUGCGAAAAUCCUGUGAAACUGAGUCUCGGCAUUCUCUGCUCGAGCCCUUGUUGUGUGCACACCGCAGUACAGUUGUGACAUUGUGGUAUGUCAAUACAAGGAAUCCUGGGGGCCUGAAGUGUCUGACAAGAUGCAACAGCACUUACAAGAGUUGAUGUGGAGAGGAAAGCUUGUGUUGGCCCUGGGAGAAAAUAGUCUGAAUUCCAGAUUCAUACAACCAUUUAUUUAUAGGCCAUUCGAAGCCUUUCUUCUGAAUGUGAAUCCUGUGGGGCAUCUGUUGUUCUGCAGGCUUAAAAGCAACAACAAAAUGCAACCGUCUUCUCAGGCGUGGGGGCGGGAUGGGAAAGGGGAAAUAGUGUUUUUUUAAAAAGCAGGUCAUUGUAUAUAAUUUAUUGGCUUUUCAAGCAGACAAUUUCCGACUUGCACAAUCUCAGAUUAAAGCAUGAAAACAUGGAAAUAAAGAACAAACCAAGGGUCCUCAAAGUCUCAGUCACCAGCUGCUUUGCAUCUAGAUGGAUGGGCCAAGGGAAUGGCCUGCUUGUGGAAUCAGCUGUUGUCGCUGUGUGAGAGUAUGGGGAGACAUCUUCUCCUUCCCACCAAACCUCCUUUUCAAAUCUCUAAUGAAGUCAGUAUAUUGGGAGGAGACCUUGUUGCCAGCAAUGCAUAGUUAAGGUCCACAUACUCUGGAUCACGAGCAUUAGCAAGUUGUUGUUUUGACUAAGAACUUGGUGGGUUAUCCGGGAACAAUAUUUAUUGAAAAACGAGGCUGAUGCUUCUAUGUAUUUGUGCAUGCAGCAUGUCCAUAUACCGGUCUCUAGGUACACAUGCACAUUAAUAUCCAGUUUGUUUCCACCACCUCUGACCAGAGCUCUAGAGUUUGCAGGUGCCUUCAUGCCAACAGCUGCAAAGCGGGUCAUGCCAACAGGUACAGCCUAUCACCAAAGUGCUGAGAGUCUAAUCAAUACACCACUCUCCCAAGCCAUUUUGUGCAUUUCCACUGGUCAGCAUUAAGUGGCUGCACCUUGAAGUGGGAGGGAAGUGUGGUUUGGAGAAGUUGCUGGCCAACCAAUUCUCAGGGCAGUUUGGGUGUCACAUGACAAAGUGGAUUACUGGUAGAUUGACCCGCCCUGCAGCAGUCUGUGUGGAGACCCCUGGGUGCAUCCCUUCCUGGUUGUUCAUGGGAGUUUGGGGUAUAAAUCUUUCUUAUUAACCACUGUGUAUUUGUAUUGGUUUCAAUCUCUUUAUAAUCAAUUAAGUGGAGGACAUUGCAGUAUUUGUUUUCUUUUCCCCUGAAUAAUUGUGUCAUGUAAAACCCCUCUGGAUUCCCUCCCCUUUUGUGUUCUUUCAUCAGAUCUUCUCUUUCUGCUUAAAAAACCUAGCUUGUGUCGACAAUAACCACUUUUUGUUCUUUUUCCUGCUUUUUUACUUACCUACAAAAACCCAUAAAGAGAGAACUCUAAAAGUAGUAAUUCUUAAGUCCAUCUUGAAAGAAGCGCUCACCAUAUUCCAGGUACUUUGCAUUCCUGUAAAUAUUUCCUCUAAUAGGCAAUCAAUGAAAGGAACUCUGAAAGGUCCUAUCUGUGCUGCAAACUUAUAUUGGUUUUAUCUAUAGCAUUCAUGGUUUCCCCCAAGGAACCAUGGGGCACAUACGUAAGU